ACCUACUUUACCACCAUGUGUGACGAAGAAGACGCGUGUGCACUCGUUUGUGACAAUGGCUCCGGCAUGGUCAAGGCCGGAUUCGCCGGAGACGACGCCCCUCGCGCCGUCUUCCCCUCCAUCGUCGGCCGUGCCCGUCACCAGGGUGUGAUGGUCGGUAUGGGUCAGAAGGACGCCUACGUCGGUGAUGAGGCCCAGAGCAAGCGUGGCAUUCUAACCCUCAAAUACCCCAUUGAGCACGGUAUCAUCACCAACUGGGAUGACAUGGAGAAGAUCUGGUACCACACUUUCUACAAUGAGCUCCGUGUUGCCCCUGAGGAGUCCCCCACACUUCUCACCGAGGCUCCCCUCAACCCCAAGGCCAACCGUGAGAAGAUGACUCAGAUCAUGUUUGAGUCAUUCUCUAUGCCUGCCAUGUAUGUGACCAUCCAGGCUGUCCUGUCCCUGUACGCUUCUGGUCGUACCACUGGCCAGGUUUGCGACUCUGGUGACGGUGUGACCCACAUGGUCCCCGUCUAUGAAGGUUUCGCUCUUCCUCAUGCUAUCCUUCGUCUCGAUCUUGCUGGUCGUGACCUUACCAACUACCUUAUGAAGAUCAUGACUGAACGUGGCUACUCCUUCACCACCACCGCUGAACGUGAAAUCGUCCGUGACAUCAAGGAGAAGCUUUGCUACAUCGCCCUUGACUUCGAAGGCGAAAUGAACGUUGCUGCGGCCUCUACUUCUCUGGACAAGUCUUACGAGCUUCCCGAUGGUCAGGUCAUCACCAUCGGUAACGAGCGUUUCCGCUGCCCUGAGGCCCUCUUCCAGCCUUCUUUCCUCGGUAUGGAAUCUGCUGGUGUUCAGGAAACUGUUCACUGUUCAAUCAUGAGGUGUGAUAUCGAUAUUAGGAAAGAUCUUUUCGCUAAUAUCGUCAUGUCUGGCGGUUCCACCAUGUACCCUGGUAUUGCUGACCGCAUGCAGAAGGAAAUCACUUGUUUGGCUCCUUCCACCAUCAAAAUCAAGAUCAUUGCUCCUCCUGAGCGUAAAUACUCCGUAUGGAUAGGUGGCUCCAUCCUGGCUUCCCUUUCCACCUUCCAGGCAAUGUGGAUCACAAAGGAGGAGUACGAAGAGUCAGGCCCGGGCAUUGUCCACCGAAAAUGCUUCUAGGAUAAUAAGGGUUAG